CCUCACCUAGCAAUUACACUCUCGACAUUUUGUUCUGUUUAGCCAACGACGGACACAAUUGCCAUCAUGUCACUUUUCAGAGCAGGAAAUUCUGCCUGCUUCCGAGCUGGCAGGCUUAUUGCGCCUAUCAAUGCUCGCUUCGUUUCCAACACCGUUCGAGGCGACCCUUCUGUGAAAACCAGCCCUACUGAUGCCCCGGCGGUACCCCCCAAGGACAGUUCAUUGAUCCGCCAGGAAGGCCCUGCUGAGGCAAUGGCCCGCCACCAGCCGGAUUACGAGGCUACUAUUGAUCAUGGCACCUCAAAAUUCUCUCCUGUGCCUAAGCGUGUCAUGGACGGAAGCGAGCCCGGCGAUACCGUUCCUGCUGCUGUUCUUUCUGGUGCUCCUACUGACCUUCAGGCUCGCACUGUCAGGAUUUACCGCCCUUCGAAGCCCGCUACGCAGUCCGGUACCUGGCAUCAGCACCAGUGGAGGAUGGAUUGGGAUGUGCUGCAGAAGGGUCACCGCUGGGAGAACCCUCUGAUGGGCUGGCAAUCGUCUGCUGAUGGCAUGCAGGGUACCAAUUUGAACUUCAAGUCAAAGGAAGAUGCCAUCAUGUUCGCGCAGAAACAGGGCUAUGAGUAUUUUGUCCAAGAGCCGAACGAGCGCAGAUUCGUUCCUAAGGCGUACGCGAACAACUUCCUCCAUGAGCCAAAGAAGAUCAAGCAUAUCAGAACCAAGUAAUCGAUUUCAUCAAGUGUAUCUUGUAUAUAACCUCAGAUUUUACUCUUUCAGAAUUGUUUCCUGGUGUUUUCUGUCCCUUUAACAUGCCUCCUAAACCCCAUUUACUGAAGACUAGGUUCCAGAGUAUCGUUUACUAGAUAAGGGAGUAUAGGCUUCAUGGUUGUUCCUGGGUU